GAAUGUACGGUUGUGAAGCCCAUGCUUUAUUAUUAUCAAUGGUAUCAUAGAACCACAUCCUUUCAAACACUCUUCCUCUUUUUUAAUCACAGCUACACUUGUGAGAAAUCAGUUGUUUACAAUGUGAAACAAGGAAGCAGUGGAAACUUGAUGGAUAUGAAGUCCCAUAUGGAUCAACUUGUUACGUAUGUUAAACUGUUUUAGUUUUGUGAAUAUAGAAAGUUUUCUAUAGAAGAUUAUUAUGUAUAUAUUUUUGUGUAUGAACAUGGACAACAAUUCAAAACAUUUUAAAACUCCAAAAUUAUUAAAUUGGAUAGAAAAUAAACUAAUACCUAAAUUAAAUUACCAGUAAUGAAUAAUGAUUUACUAGAAGAAUAAAUACUAAAUACUUACCAUUAAUAAAUAUGGAAAGUUCUCUGUAGAAAAAUAUAUAGAAGAUCGUCUGUGUCUGUGUCUUGGAUCCGACGGCCUCCUCAACCUCAUCAGCGGCAUCGCCCGCAGCUUCCACCCCCGGUCGUCCUGCCACGCCAACCGAGCACGUUUCUAAUGCCGCGGCACCUGUCAGCUCUUCAUCCUUCUGUGAGCUGCCAGCGUCGAUGCCAGGGGUGGCGGACCUUGUCAUUGAGAAUGGCAAGCUCAAGGAUCAGGUACAGCAGCUUAAGGAUCAGCUGAAGUGUGUCCUAGACCACUCAAUAGAAUCAGACACACGACUGCUGCAGUACACAGAUCAGGUGUUCGUGGCUAAUUCCUCGCGGCUUGACUCUCCGAGCCGCGCCUCCGCGACCGACUGCGGAGUACAGUGUGACCUGCUUUCCGACUGCAGGGACCAGCGCUGUGCUGACACCAGGGACCUCGUGGGCAGCCUCAAGGUCACCAUUGAGGUUCUGGAGGCUGAGCUGCAGUGCCUGAAGGAGGGGGCGGCGCGUUGCGAGUGUGGAGGAGGAGUGCUGGAGACGGAAUGGACUAUCAACAGCAGGAAACGCCUUCCGAUUACUUCGGAGAACAGGGAUGCCGCAGAAAGCGGUAAUUCAGAGAAAGAACCUCCCAAAUCCCAGAGGCGGAAGACUGAUGACGGGCGACAAAAACGGCGAAGAAAGAAGAAACGAGCCAUAAAAACCUCUAAACACCUUAACGCCUUAUCAGACCAUCAGACCAACCGCAAAACUCCACUGUCCUUCUCUUCCAUCCUCAUAGACGGAGACAGCCACAGCCGCGGUCUGGCUGGUCUGGUGCGGCGGAUGGUGGCCCGAGGGACUGCGGUGCAAGGAGUUUGCAAGCCGGGAGCUAAACUCCAAGAAGUGGCGUCCGACACCCCACCUCCAGCGGAUAGUUGUUGCGCCAUCAUUGCCGGCACUAACGAUGUUGCCGCCGGUCAGCAGGUGAACAUCUACCAACACCUGGAGCGGCGCAUCACCAGCAAGCUGAGGACUGCCGGCGGGGUUGUCGUCGCUACUCUGCCCCAGAGACACGACCUGCCUGCGAGCCAUCCUGUCAACCUGGAGACCGCGCGAGUAAACUCGUACAUCGAGGAGCUGUGCGUGAGGCAUCGUGGGACAGAAGUACUCGACUUCAGCCUCAUCGGCAGAGAGGCCUUCACACCGCACGGGAUGCACCUCAAGCCCACACACAAACACCUGCUGGCCGAGCUGCUGCUGGAGUGUGUGCAAAGGUUGGACCACGCAGUCACCCCGGCCCUGGCAUCGCCCGCUAGCCCCUGCGGGCCGCCGCCGCCGGCCCAGCCGGGAUCGCCCGCCGCCCAUGUGUCGCCAGCUUCUCCUGAACCACCGGUCCGGACCAUGGCCUACGACACCUUCGCCGAGGCGGUGAAGAGGCAACGCCCAGCCAACCUCCAGUGCGGUGAUGAUUCUGGACAAAAAAAACUGUCGGUUUUUAACCAAUGUAAAAGAAGGAUAGACACAUCAGAACCAGAGCGUCAAAAUUUGCGACAAACAUUCCACAGAAAACAUCAAACCAACAAAAUUCAAAAUUCAACCAAAAUUUUCUCGGUUGUGCAUCAAAAUGCACAGACUGCCACCAACAAAGCAGACGAGCUGUCGCUCAUGGCACGCGAACUGCAUCCUGACGUUUUUGUUAUUUCUGAACAUGGUUUCAAACCUGAAACAGUCAGACUGUUCAGGAUUGACAACUAUAAAUUGGCAACAUCUUACGAUCGAACUCAUUUUAAAGGGGGAGGUGUGGCAAUUUUCGUAAAAUCUGAUAUUGAAUUCCUUCCACACAAGUUGACUCACAGUUGUGAUUUAGAUUUUGAAGUGGAUGGAAUAAAAAUCGGCCUGAAUUCUGAUGAUAAAAUUACAACUAUUGGUUUAUAUCGUUCUCCAAACGGAUGCAGCAAUAUUUUUUUGAAAAUUUUGAAAAUCUUCUAAAUUCUAUCUGUUUGAAGUCGUCCAAGUUUAUCAUAACUGGCGACUUUAACAUUGAUGUUUUAGACCACACCAACCCCCUGACCCAGCGGCUACGCGACAUCCUAAAUUCUUUCGGAUUGAUCUGGUCAGUAAACACGCCAACACGAGUGACCGCCACAUCGA